AACAAUAGCUUUCAUGUCUAAAAGAUGUUUAUCUCUUCAGAUGUUAUUUAAUCCCCCAAGCUGCAUGGAAUACAAGGUUUUGAGAAACUAGUGAUUCUGUCAUUCUUCAUAUUUAGAUGUUUGCUUUUUGCAUUUAUGCAUCUAAAUAAGCUUAAUUUCCAUACAUAACAAGAUGAAGACUUGCUUGAAAUAUGUUGCAUGAUGGAUGAGGGUCACAUGAUCAGUCACAUGAUAGGAGCAAGGCUGGACAGUUGCUCUGUUUACAAUGAGGUGCCUCGGUCCUAGGAAAUGGCGAUGGAUUUUCACGACAUUGCUGAUAGGUGUGUUCCUGUACCUGGUGAACCUUGGUCAACAAAGUGAGAAAAGUGUUCGCAAAGAUUAUGUGGAAAACUUCCGCCCCUCAUCUGUUCUGUCCCUGAGAUACCCGAAAGUAGACAAAUGGGACCUGGAACAUAUACUUGGCACGUUCUCAGAACAUCGAAGCAUCAAGCGCAACUUUGCCUUCCCUUCCUUCAACCCCCAAGUGUGUUCCAGAUACAUAACCCCAGGACAGGAGCCAUGUGUGGACAAUCUGUGCCAUCUCACCUUCUCCGGCCUACCAGACGCCAACCUCCAGAAGGUGGAGUCCUACCCCACGGACGGUGUGGACAAGCUGAAGCAGGACAUGCUCCAGUAUAUCCAGGCCACACCCUUGAAGAAGGUCAGCCUGGAAACUGUUGUCAUAGUAACAGGAUCAUCAUCGGAGUUCUUCCAUGCAUCGCAGGGACUGCUCCACAUGCUGCACACCACACUGAUGGGGACAUACUCCAACAUCCACCUGGUCUUCUAUGACCUUGGUCUUCAGCCAUGUCAGAGAAAACUGGUGGAGAAGUACUGCCGAUGUGAAGUGAAGGAUUUCCCAUUCCAUCUGUUCCCAGCACAUGUUGGGGAAAAUAUGAAAUCAUACGCAUGGAAACCUCUUCUCAUACAGCUUGAGCUUCUGCAACACCGCUAUGUGACGUGGAUGGACUCGUCAAUCCGCCUGCUGCAGCAGGACUUUCACCGCACCUUCCAGCUUGGCAUCAACAACGGUAUCAUGGUGGCAUACGGCGAGUUCUCCAUGGCCCAGCAGACCGAUCUCGCCAUGUUCCGCUGGUUCAAGGAGGAGCCCUGCCUGUUCUCCAGCUACUAUGAGUUGCAGCCAGGCUACAUCAUUGCCUACGGGAACAGCUUCACCAUGGACAAGGUGAUGCGGCCGUGGGUGGCAUGUGCUCUCAACAAGACCUGUAUCCUUCCUGACUCGGCCGUGUACGACUGUGACAACACAGCAUGGAGGUACGGGAAGUGUCAUCGCCACGAUCAGUCAGCCAUCAGCAUCAUUCUCACACGGCUGUUCCAGCGGUCAAGGGAGCUGCUUCAUCUCACCAGGUUCACGUUGAAGAAGAGGCAGAAGGUCCACUAUUUCCCAGAAGAACCGUCAUGGUUGUGCUGGUUGUGGUAAUGUGAGGAUGUCUACGUUCAUGCACAACACUCCAGGUUGCUCAAUUUGUUGCUUGACAUUGCUUGAUACACAGCCAGAGUAUUAUGUGCAUAGAAAAAUGGGUAAAUCUUUGGAAGAUAUUUGUCCAUAUGCUCAAGAGGUGGUUUUGAAGGAUUGUUUCAGUGUUUUUAGAAUGGAUUUAUCAUAAUAAGGCUGCAACAUAUUAUUUGUUUGUUGGGAUCACAGCAAUUUUUUCUCCCUAUUUGUUUGGUGUUGGUGGGUUUUUUUAUGGUGUGUGUGUUGGGGGGGGAGGGAAAGAAGCAAAUUAAAGAUGAGGCUCUACGACCCUGUUUAGUUCCAGAAUGUCUAGGGAGAAAUACAGAUUUUUUAAUGAUAUUAAUAGGGUCCAACCCACCCACCACUACCCUCUGGAAAACAAAAUUGUAAAGAACUUCUCAUUUGUAUGCACUGAUCUGAUGAACAAAUAAUCAAUAUGUUGUGGCACGAAGCUGUAAAAUUAUGCAGAGAUCUCUUGACGUGCCAAUUCCCCCCAUCUUACUAUCUGCCUUUCAAGCUUACUGUCAUACACUAGCGGGUAUAUACAAGGGAAGGAAUAGAGAAGCUAUUAGUUGACAAUUAGACAUGCAAUGUUUCCUUGCUAACAAUGUUCAUCUUUUAAAUAUCAAUUCUCAUAAUCACUUUUUAUUGCCAUUCACAUAUCAUUAUCAAGUGUUUGUGCUUUUGUGAUAAGACGAAAUCUUGCUCCAAGCUGGUUUGAACAGCAGACCCUGCAGGAACUUCCUUACCUAUAAAGCUAUGAUAACAAUGUUAUUGUAAGGCUUUAGAUGCUGAGUAUUUGAGAAUUGUUCUCAUACGAUAAAGUGAUAUAUUAGGGAAGUUAAGAUGAUUGUACAUGUUGAAAACAUAUAACUGUGAAUACCAAACUGUGCACAUCGUCCAUUCCAUGAACUUGUUUUAUGUUUGAUCCUGUACUAUAUAUUUAUGCUCAAGAAUGUCACUUCUUCAGAGUUGUCUGUUCAGAGCAAUAUUAGUACUUAGACAGUUGUAAGUCUGUGUUAAACUAUGGGAGUAUGUAAGUCUGUGUUAAAAUAUGGGAGUAGAGACAAGGCGCUAAGAUCGUUUUGUGCAACAAAAGCAGGAAUGCUCUGGAAAUGUUACUUUCAAACAAUUUAUAAUAUUAGUCCAGGACAUGUUGAGCCAGAAAAAUUAUUACAACUUAAUGUUCCCUGGUGUGAGAUACUUAGGCAUUUAGAGAAUGCAAAUGGAAACAUACUCAAGCAUUGUGUAAAUGUAUCACUGAAACAAGUGAUGAUCUGAAAUAUACUCAAGGAUUGAGUAAGGGUCACUAUACCAAGUGAUGAUCUGAAAUACACUCAAGGAUUUAGUACAUUUGUCACUGAAAGAAGUGAUGAUCUGAAAUAUAUUUGAGCAUGGUAUACAUGUGUUGCUGGAACAAGUGAUGAUCUGAAACAUGCUUGAGCAUGGUAUACAUGUAUUACUGAAACAAGUGAUGAUCUGACACAUAUCAGUGUAAAUAUCCUCUUUGAUGCCAGCAAGUGCUGAAUGUUGAAAAUCGUAUCUUAUGGGGAGUCUUUUCCGUGACUUCAGUGUUCUAUUUUUUUGAAUGAACAUAGAGAAUUCUGAUAUAUUCUAUAUUUGUAUGUAUGUUCCUGGACAAGUUGUCUCCCUCAGUGGUGACCCAAUCUAUGACAGAGGUUGCUCAGCCUUUGCACCAACCAGGAGGUUGCAUGUUAAAAUCAGCUGUUGUGAAAUUUAAGAUUAUUUAUAUGGCCCUACACAUCAAACACCUCAUGCACAUUAAGCACAAACAACGAAUGUUUGGUUUUGUCUUGCAUCUUGAUAUUAUUGUGUACAAUGUUACAUUAAGGUUUUGUCAGCAUCAAAGCCUUGUUUCAUAGGUCAGCUUCCACUCACGUUCAGCUGCCUUGAUAUGACUGAGUGUUGAACAUGUUAUGUAAAUGCAUCUACUUUAGCUGCCCACUCCCUGCAGACCCAUAGUAUCAUGUUGCAUACAUCUGAUCAGUAAAGUGGGCACAGGUGCCCCAGUCAUCUCCUCAUUCACUCUGCAGAGUAAUGUCCCUUGGGUCCCAAACAAACCUAUGAUCAUGGGCUCGAAUCCCUGUUCAUUCUGAUUAUGUUUCCAGGUUUGUCAGCACCAUAACCGUGCUCAUGGGUUUCACCAAAGUAGUAAAAGUCUGAGACAUGCAUCACUUUGGGCUUUCAUUCCACAUUAAGCUGACACACAGUGAUUAUAUCUGGACUACUGUUCAAAGCAGAAUUAAACCCAACUAACUCACUCACUCUGAUGAGUAAGUAGUACACUGAUUGCAAUAUGGUUCACAAGGGUGGUCGACCAGAGAGCCUCUGCAGCUGAUGGAAUCCUGCUGUACCUUAGCUGAGCUUAGGUGGUGCAGUUGCUAAUCUUUCACAAUUUGCUGUGCAGGGUUGCAUCCCUUGGUGCAACCAGGAUCGGCUGGAAUGCAAGAUUCAUCCCAUUUAUUAUCCUUACCGGUAGUUUUUCAGCUGCUUACCCAUGCUCAUAGGUUUCACCUUAGAAGAAUCAAACUCACUCAUUUCUCCUGGAAGAGAUUCAUGGACUUGUUAAUGGUAUAUUCUCUCUUGGCUCUUGGAUAAUUCCGGGCAGGUUGAAGAAUUGAACUUUUGUGAAUUAGUCUAGUCAUAUUGCUUGUUUAAUCAAAUAUUUUAUAGCAAAUUUUUGUCAUUAUUUCUGUGAUAUUUUCCAGUAUCUCGUUUUGUCGCUGUUGCAGUAUGUGCAUAUUAAGUAUAAUACGUAUAGUUGCUCAUAAAGGCCCUGCCAUAAUACCCAGGUGGUGCUUCUUCCUCUCAUGUACCCCCUCAGAUUAUGUAACAGCUUUAAAACACAGAAACGUGUUUAACAGUCUGUGGCCAAGCACCAAUACAUCUAUACUACUCAAAAGAAGUGAAGGACUACCUGAUAGUGUCAAGCUAAUCAGCUGAUUAAACUUGUUGGAUUCUUA